AACUCUCCAUUCUCACGCUCCUCUCACAUCGCCAACGCCACCCCCCCACUCUCGCUCACCAUGUCUGACUCCUCCGACACCAAGUAUCUUGACUCCUCGAACAAGGCUUACCUCAACCAUGUGGUCAAGCAGGCGACCAAGGGCGCAGCACUCGGCGCCCUCGCCUUCAUCCCCACCAACUGGGCCCUCGCCCGCCGUUACCCCGUGUACCGCAACCUUCCUCUGCCGGGCAAGGCGUUCCUCGCGAUGAUGAUGGUCGUGCCCGUGGGCACCGUCUUUGCCGAGAAGGCCGGCGAGCAUUACAUCGCCGAGACCCAGUGGCGCGGCGUGGCAUGGGACGAGCUCUCGCGCGAGAAGCAGGAGGCCGAGGCCCGCUGGGCGGCCAUGAGCACGGGCGAGAAGAUCAAGGACUUCGCCAAUCGCCACCAGUACGGCAUCAUCGGCGGCUCGUGGGUCGCGUCGCUCGGCAUUGCAUUCGGCAUCGUCGCGCGCAACAAGUACCAGACGUUCCCCCAGAAGCUGGUGCAGGCGCGUAUGUACGCACAGGGCCUGACGGUCGGCGUGCUGAUCGCGUCGGCGGUCAUGGCCGGCGUGAACGCGCAGGGUAAGAAGCCCGUCCAGCCCGCCGACCACUCGUGGCGCGACAUGCUCGAGCAGGGCGGCAAUCUCACCAAGGCCGAGCGCAUCGCCCUCCACACCGUGCGCAAGGUGCCCGUCGACGCGCCAGCCCCCGCGCCCGCAACCGUCUAGCUCCUCCAGCUUCGCCAAGUCCCGCCUUAGCCGAGUCCCCGCAAUUCUAGAUCCGCACCGUCCGAAUCCCAUCACUCGACCCCCUAAUUGCAUGCGCGCGAGGGCGCCGAGACGCAUUGUCUGUAAUUAUAGUAGAUCUGCAUCAUGAUCGUGUCCAUUCCAGUGUUGGUGUGAAGUGGUGGAGCGUGAGAAUGGUUGAAGUAGAGUCUAGGAGGGGGGGAUGACGUGAAG